UCUCCCGCAGCUUGCUUUACCCACCCGUUGGCGCUCGCUGGCCGACGCCUGCGGGCGUCGCUUUUUUGAUUUUCAUGUUAUCUUACUUUUUUGUUUUGCUUUUAUAGCGGUAAAAUUGAGAUUCAAUAUAGUGCACAGAUUUGAAGUGUACAAUUCUGAGUUUUGAAAACUGCAUGGAGUGGAACCACUUGCCCCAGGUUGUGUGCGCCCUAAGCUAUAAUUCUCUGCACAGUCACAUGCCGCUUAACAAUGGGCAAUAUCUUUGGCUACAAAGAAUGGUAUUCAUCGGAAACACCAAACAAUGUCAAUGAAUGUAAAUCAUCAAAUUGGGGAUUUACUCCUUCAAAAUCAUCACUCAACAGUACUAAAAUUAAAAUAUCUGCUAAGAUUCAAAUGAAGUAGAAUUACCAGCAAUUCCACAUCUAUUCAAGAAAAAUGAACACACAGGUCCACACAAAAACUUGCGGGCUAGGCCCCGGAUCACGUGAGCCUGCCCCCAGCUCCGGGCGGAAGAGGCCGGCCAUGUCGGUGGGAAACGCUCCUGGAGGCGAGUGGGCGGGCGUUUGUGCCCGGCUGAAAGAUGGCCGUCGUCGCCGCCACCGCCACCGCCGCCGCCGCCGCCGCCCGGCAGCCGCCGCCCGGGAGGUUACUCUAGGGCCUGCAGGUUCUGCCCGUGCCCGCGGACUGCCGUCGCCUCCUUACCAUGAAGCCAGUGAGUCGCCGCACCCUGGACUGGAUUUAUUCAAUGUUGCUCCUUGCGAUAGUAUUACUCUCCUGGGGAUACGUCCUCUAUGCAUCAACAGUAGCCGCUCGACGACAGCUAAGGAAGGCGUACCCAGACAAAAUCUUCGGAAUGAAUGAAAAUUUGUAAUUCCUCUAGAUUUUAUUCUACGCAAAUACUUCUCUGGC